AUGAAGCCAAAUUCAGGAGAAAGUCCUCCAAUUCCUCAAUUAAACAUCAAAAAGAAGAAAACUCCAUCAUCUAUUGAUUAUUACAUUGCAGAAUUCGAAGCAAAUGGGACUUUACCUCCUCCUUGGAUGAAAAAUGAAAUUUUGCAAACAUUAACAAGACGAAGAAUUGAUGCAUCUAAUGAUGCUCGCUACCUUGAAGCCGCAAAGUUCCAUGAUACAUACAAAAAACUUAGAAAUGCUUUUUUGAACGAAAAAACAGCUCAAACAAAAAUUAUAACAACAACACGCAAUCCAGAUGGCAAUAUUUCAGAAAUACAAUCGAAAAAGCAAGCUUUAGACCGUCAAUAUAAAAUUAAAAGAGAAAAACUGGAAGCAAAGAAAGAAAAAGUCCUUCAAAAGACGGCCGAAAAGCAUUGGAAAGAGAUACAAGAGUUCAAAGUCUGGUGGGCAAAACCAGAAUCCCUCAUCCAUUUUGCAAAGCCAUCAAAUCAGCUACAAAACCUUCGUGUUCGCGAGAGGAAGCAAGCAAUUAUCUGUGACUACGAAGGAGCAUCCAAGACCAAGAAGAUUGCAGACGAACUCGAGAAGAAAGAAACAAAAACUGCACAAGAAAAUGCACGAAGGUCCAUGAAAAUCCAGUACAACCAAAUUGUUUCCAGACACAAUCUAGAAAUUGAAGGAAUCGAACACCAUUACUCCCGCAAGCUUAUAGAACUAGAUAAAUCAUACCGUGAAGGUGUUGAACGUCUAGAACUUUCUCUUCGCUGGCAGAAAGUCGAACUCGAAGAGCAGAAUCGUAAGAUUAAUUACAUCUCUACUUAUACUAAUGCAACAGUUCUGUAUCCUUCUAUUUUUGAUGAAGAAUCGGAUGUUGCACUUACUCCUCGAACUUCUGCGAAAGUUCAUAGCCAUAGGACAAAAACUAGAUCGGAUCUUCUUCAACUUCAAGGAAUUGAACUAUCUGACUAA